AUCUCCGUCCCCAUCGAAAAGCCCCACCCCUUCUCCGUCGUCAAGCCCUGAGCCCUCCCCUAGUUCGAGCCCCUCGCCUAGUUCGAGCCCCUCGCCAUCCGUAAGCCCCUCCCCCUCCCCGUCCGCUGUUCCCGCGCCGCUCCCAUCCCUCGCUCCCGCCAUUCCGUGCGACCCGUUGACGAAGGCCUUUUGCAAUGGGCAGAAUGGGGGGGCGAGCUACAGAAUAGCGACAGUCGGCUCAAUUACCCCCACCUUAGAGGCCUCUUUCCCAAACGCUUCACUGACGACCCCCAUAACAAUCGACGUUGUCGCCUUCGGCAAAGCCUCGCUCCCAGCUCCAGCCCGGACGUCCGUCUCCAUUGAUGCGUACGUCAACGGCUUUGCGCUCAGCCUGACGCAAGCGUCGCCGGAUUCCGGCACCGUCUUCUACGAGCCGCAUGAGGGGACCGUCACCUUUUCGGUGACCGGACCGGCGCUAGACGGUUUCGUGUACAUGAUCGAGGGCUUCCAAGCGAUGGGCUGCUCUCCUGCUGACGCGUGGCAGGCCGCCGUCAACGGCACGCUCGGCGCGUGCUCCUGGGCGCACACCGCGGCCGGCCUGUACGCGCAAUACGACCCGGUGACCCUCACGGCGGCCACCGGGGGGAUCCCCCCCGCGCAGUGGAACGGCAUCUACGUUUUGCAGCUGCACAGCGUCGCGGAAGUCGAGGUCCCCUCUAGUUCGCAGCAAGUGGACCCUCACACGACCGGGGAGAUCCAGGGAGCUGCCGGCAGCGUCCAGUUUGGCGGCGAGUUUGCCUACUCGGCGACGGUUGACGGGGACGAAAGCAUCAGCGCCUUCGCCGCCUACUUCCCGGGGGAGAUGACCCCAGUUGGCGGCGACGGCGGCGCGCGCCGGCGCGCGCGCGCGCUGCUCGCGGCCGGCGGUACGGUGACGGUGAAGGUCGCGUCCGGGCUGCUGUUCCUGAAGCGCGGCAACACCACGUACGCGCCCGCGAAGGGCGCGCUCGAGUUCCGGGGCGUUGGGAACCGGUGGGUAACGUCAUUCUCCGUGUCCGUGCACCAGUACACGAACUGCACCCCGGGCCAGUUCAACAAGGUGGCCAGCUUCGCGAACUGCACGUGGGCGGUGGUGCCAAAUGACAUCAGCAUGACUUACAACGCGACCGCGCAAAAGAUGGCGCUGGGCAAUCUGGGGAGCACCACGUGGAACAGCGUCUACGUGCUGUCGGCCGAGUUGGCCAUCCCGUCGCCUCCCCCCUCCUUAGCCCCGCCGCCGCCGCCCCCCGCUGAGGUGAAAACAGGGGGCUUGGGCAACAAUAUUGUACUUAUUGUUGUUGUGUGCAUAGCGGGUGCCUUUAUUGUGGUGGGUCUGCCGCUUAUGGUCGUUGGCGGGAGGAGGAGGAACCGGGAGAGGUCGCACAUAGAUUCACACCGACAGUAA